CGGGUGGGGUUAAUAGUAGUGGCUCACUUGAAGGUACAGCUUGAGCAGUUUGUCGCUCUGCUUUUCCUCUUUAAACACUCUGAGAAGGACUGAGCGAAAUUUGGGUUUGUUUUGUUGGAGUGGAGUAGAAGGUGCUGGAAGUUUUGGAGACUCAGCAAUCAUGCAUCUUAUAUAAUAAUGAUGAUGAUUUUGAUGAUAACGGGCUGUGUGUGUGAGCGCUGAGGUAUUCACACAUUUCGAGUGUGAGGGAAACUCGAAACUCCGGGAAGCACAAGCGUGACCAUGCUGAACGGACAGGAGCAGCCCAAACUGGGCCUCUCCACUAAGCCCGCUCCGUUCAGCCUUGGCGAGGUGUCGAGCAUCUCCUGGGCGUCCGUGGCUAACCAGCUGAAGUAUGUUUCUCUCGGGGUUUUGGUGCUCCAGACCACCUCGCUGGUUCUGAUCAUGCGUUACUCACGCACUCUGCAGUCUGAGGGUCCGCGAUACCUCGCCUCUUCCGCCGUCGUGUUUUCUGAGAUCUUAAAGCUCCUCAUCUGCACGGUGCUCGUCUUCAGCAACAACAGUUUUAGUGUUCGAGGCCUUAAUCAGGUGUUGAAGGAGGAGAUCAUUCACAAACCCUCAGACACGCUGAAGCUGGUGAUCCCAUCAGGCAUCUACACGCUGCAGAACAACCUGCUCUACUUGGCUCUGUCCAACCUGGAUGCUGCUACGUACCAGGUUACGUAUCAGCUGAAGAUCCUCACCACCGCUCUGUUCUCCGUGGUGAUGCUUGGGAAGAAACUUGGCAUCUUCCAGUGGCUCUCGUUACUCAUUCUAAUGAUAGGCAUUGCUUUUGUACAGUGGCCAGCAAGCUCUCCCUCCAACUCCGAGAAGGAGAUGGCUGCGGGUUCGAAGUUAAUCGGCGUGCUCGCUGUGCUGUUUGCCUGCUUCUCCAGUGGCUUUGCCGGCGUUUACUUUGAGAAGAUCCUCAAAGAGACCAAACAGAGUGUCUGGAUCCGCAACAUUCAGCUGGGUUUGUUUGGUCUGAUCUUCGGGUUAAUUGGAGUGUUUGCGCAGGAUGGGGAUAAGGUCUGGGAGAGUGGAAUUUUACAGGGUUAUAACAGCGUGACCUGGGCUGUGGUGAUUCUACAGGCUAUGGGUGGCUUGAUCGUCGCGGCUGUCAUCAAGUAUGCAGAUAACAUCCUGAAGAGUUUUGCCACGUCUGGCUCCAUCAUGUUAUCCACUCUCAUCUCCUACUUCUGGCUGCAUGAUCUUAAUCCUACCAGUUUGUUCUUCGUGGGUGCCGUGCUGGUCAUCACAGCCACUUUUGUCUAUGGGUAUGACUGGAAAUCUGGUGUAAAUCCUAGCAAACCUUAGGACGAGGGACGCGGUGUGAACAUGACAGAGCAUCUGUGGAAACUCGGCAUUGCCGACCAGAGAAGAAGAAGGAAGAGGACAAGAGCACAUGAAGAUCCGGGGUGUGAUGAUAUACAAGUAUGAGGAUUAUAGCAUUAUGCUAAUGCAAUGUGGUUUCCAAUUGGAGGACGGCAUAGAGAUGAGACUGCACAGUAUUAAAGACACAAUGUAUUAUAUUACUGAUUGCCGGCACAUGCCUGAUUAUAAAGUUCUCACUCACUUAAGAUUUACGUUAAAGGAUUUUGAAUGGUUUCCUGAGGAAAACUGUCUAUGUAAUUUUGCCAUGUACCUGAACAUGGUCAACCUAAAGAUGGUCAAUUUCUCGCAUGUACUGUAAUAAAAGCAAGAUGCUGAUGCUUUA